AUGAGCUACUGGAACUUGGAGAAAAAGAAUUGUGUGCAGUACCGCAGGCAUUUUCUGGUGGACAACAGUGUGUUUCAUGUUGAAAGAUGCAUGAGUGUGAUGCAGUCCGGGACACAGAUGAUCAAACUGAAGCGUGGAGCCAAAGGGCUCGUCCGGCUCUUUUACCUGGAUGAGCACCGGACCCGCCUCCGAUGGCGACCCUCUAGGAAGAGCGAGAAGGCAAAAAUACUUAUCGACUCCAUUUACAAAGUCACCGAGGGUCGGCAGUCUGAAAUAUUCCACAGACAAGCUGAGGGGAAUUUUGACCCCAGCUGCUGCUUCACCAUUUACCAUGGCAACCACAUGGAGUCCCUGGACCUCAUCACCUCCAACCCCGAGGAGGCCCGCACCUGGAUCACAGGCCUCAAGUACCUGAUGGCCGGCAUCAGUGAUGAAGAUUCCCUGGCCAAAAGGCAGAGGACCCAUGACCAAUGGGUGAAGCAGACCUUUGAGGAAGCUGAUAAGAAUGGUGAUGGCUUAUUGAAUAUUGAAGAGAUACACCAAUUGAUGCAUAAACUAAAUGUCAAUCUGCCCCGAAGAAAAGUCAGACAAAUGUUUCAGGAAGCUGACACAGAUGAGAAUCAGGGAACUUUGACAUUUGAAGAGUUCUGUGUUUUUUACAAAAUGAUGUCAUUGAGACGGGACCUUUAUUUGUUGCUCUUGAGCUAUAGUGAUAAGAAAGAUCACCUAACUGUCGAAGAACUGGCUCAGUUUCUGAAGGUGGAGCAAAAGAUGAAUAAUGUGACAACAGACUAUUGUCUUGACAUCAUAAAGAAGUUUGAAGUUUCAGAAGAAAAUAAGGUGAAAAAUGUUCUUGGCAUAGAAGGCUUUACAAGCUUUAUGCGCAGUCCUGCUUGUGACAUAUUUAACCCAUUGCACCAUGAAGUGUACCAAGACAUGGAGCAGCCUCUCUGCAACUACUACAUUGCUUCUUCUCACAAUACGUACCUGACUGGGGACCAGCUCCUUUCUCAGUCCAAAGUGGAUAUGUAUGCACGGGUGCUGCAAGAGGGCUGUCGCUGUGUGGAAGUUGACUGUUGGGAUGGCCCAGAUGGAGAACCAGUAGUCCACCACGGCUAUACUCUCACUUCAAAAAUCCUCUUCAGAGAUGUCGUGGAGACCAUCAACAAGCACGCCUUUGUGAAGAACCAGUUUCCAGUUAUAUUGUCUAUCGAGAAUCACUGCAGUAUCCAGCAGCAAAGAAAGAUUGCUCAGUACCUGAAAGGAAUAUUCCAAGACAAGCUAGACCUGUCAUCUGUGGACACAGGAGAGUGCAAGCAGCUUCCAAGCCCUCAAAGUCUGAAAGGCAAAAUCCUAGUGAAGGGCAAGAAGUUGCCUUAUCACCUUGGGGAUGAUGCAGAUGAGGGGGAAGUUUCCGAUGAGGACAGUGCAGAUGAAAUUGAAGAUGACUGCAAGUUCAAGCUCCACUAUAAUAAUGGGACCACUGAGCAUCAGGUGGAAUCUUUCAUAAGGAAAAAGCUGGAGUCACUGUUAAAAGAAUCUCAAAUUCGAGAUAAAGAAGAUCCUGAUAGUUUCACAGUGAGGGCACUACUGAAGGCCACGCAUGAAGGCUUAAACGCACACCUGAAGCAGAAUCCAGAUGUAAAGGAAAGUGGGAAGAAAUCACAUGGACGAUCCCUCAUGACCAACUUUGGAAAACAUAAGAAAACCACAAAGUCACGGCCUAAAUCUUACAGUACUGACGAGGAGGAGGAUGCACAGCAGAAUCCUGGCAGGGAGGGUGGCCAGCUGUACAGGUUGAGUCGCCGAAGGAAAACCAUGAAGCUCUGUCGAGAACUCUCUGAUUUGGUUGUGUACACAAACUCGGUGGCAGCCCAGGACAUUGUGGAUGAUGGAACCAUGGGAAAUGUGUUAUCAUUCAGUGAAACGAGAGCGCAUCAGGUGGUUCAGCAGAAAUCAGAGCAGUUCAUGAUUUAUAACCAAAAGCAGCUCACGAGGAUUUACCCCUCCGCCUACCGCAUUGAUUCCAGUAACUUCAACCCUCUGCCCUACUGGAAUGCAGGGUGCCAGUUAGUGGCACUGAACUACCAGUCAGAAGGGCGAAUGAUGCAGUUAAAUCGAGCCAAAUUCAAGACAAAUGGCAAUUGUGGUUACGUCCUCAAACCCCAGCAAAUGUGCAAAGGUACUUUCAACCCUUUCUCUGGUGAUCCACUUCCUGCCAACCCCAAAAAGCAGCUCAUCCUGAAAGUGAUCAGUGGGCAGCAACUCCCCAAGCCUCCAGACUCUGUGUUUGGAGAUCGAGGCGAGAUCAUUGAUCCUUUUGUCGAAGUUGAAAUUAUUGGAUUGCCAGUAGAUUGUUGUAAAGAUCAAACCCGUGUGGUGGAUGACAAUGGAUUUAACCCUGUGUGGGAAGAAACCCUGACAUUUACAGUACAUAUGCCAGAAAUAGCUUUGGUUCGGUUCCUCGUAUGGGAUCAUGAUCCCAUUGGACGAGACUUUGUUGGACAAAGAACUGUGACCUUCAGCAGCUUAGUGCCUGGCUACCGGCAUGUCUAUCUGGAAGGACUGACAGAAGCAUCCAUAUUUGUCCACAUAACAAUCAAUGAAAUCUUUGGAAAGAACAGACAGCUCCAAGGUCUGAAGGGACUGUUUAAUAAGAAUCCCAGGCACAGUUCUUCAGAAAACAAUUCCCAUUAUGUCCGGAAACGAUCGAUUGGAGAUAGAAUUCUGCGACGCACAGCCAGUGCCCCAGCCAAGGACAGGAAAAAGAGCAAAAUGGGCUUCCAAGAAAUGGUAGAGAUAAAGGAUUCUGUGUCUGAGGCCACAAGAGAUCAAGAUGGUGUCCUGCGGAGGACCACACGGAGUUUGCAAAUUCGCCCUGUCUCUAUGCCUGUUGACAAAAGUCUUCUGGGAGCUUUGUCACUUCCCUUAUCUGAAACAGCAAAAGAUACAGAAGGAAAAGAAAACUCUCAGGCAGAAGAUGAGGAUGGCAGAAGAAAAGGGAAGGGAAGUACAAAAGAUCCACGUUCUCCAAAUUUUAACAAAAAGUUCUCCUCCUCCUCCAGUGUGCUCCUCCACAAAGACCCCUGCCAAGGAGACUCCACUGUUUCUAUUGCCAACAUGUCGAUCACAGAAGAGCAGUUGGGAGUGCCAGGUCCUAAGGGUGGGGGAACCAAAUCCAAUGUGACAAGUGAUUGCCAGGAAAAUCACCGUCCCAGCAAAUCUCUCUCGCCAAGACAGCAUUUGGCUCUUGAUCCUAUGGUUAACCUAACACAAGAUCUGCAUGGUGUGAAAACCAAGGAAAAGAGGAAUGCUGAGGGCUCCGUGGAAGGUAAAAGCACAUUGUCAGGAGGCGUCUUUUCUCAAAGCAAUCUGGAGAUUAAGAACCUGGAAGGUGAUAAGGGUAAGAGUAGAGCUGCAACAUCCUUUUCUUUAUCAGAUGUCUCCACGCUCUGUUCUGACACACCUGACUUACAUUCAACUUCGAUUCUGCAGGGGAGUGAAAUUUCCCAUCUUAUUGACAAUGUCACUUUAACAAAUGAGAAUGAGCCAGGCAGUUCCAUCUCAGCGCUGAUUGGCCAGUUUGAGGAAACCAGCAAUCAGGCUAGCUUUACAGUCCUUUCUCAUCUUCAUAGUACCAGCGUGAUGUCAGGUCAUCCUCCCUUGCCUCCCCUAAGCCUACAAACGCCCUUUAAGCAUGGUUUUGCCAAGGGAAAACCCAAGUCAUCCUUCAUGUGCUCAUCUCCUGAGCUGAUUGCAUUCCCAAGUUCAAAGACCACCAAACAUGCAGCAUACACAGCUGUCCAUGAAACUACGUAUUCUCCCAUCUCUAAAACCAAAACAGAUAAUGACCUUUCUGGUAAGGCCAAGACAAGGGCCAUGGAACCCAAGCUGCCUGGGUCCCCUAAUACUUCUCAUGGCUGGCUGCCAAAAAGUCCCAUCAAUGGAGAAGACUGGGAAAUACUGAAGAGCUGCAGCCCUGCCACUUCUGCUGACUUGACACUGGAGGAAAUAAUAGCUGAUCCCACUCUCUGCUUAAAUUCUGAAAAUAGCAGCCUUGUAGAAAUUGAUGGAGAGUCAGAAAAUCUGUCUCUAACAACCUAUGAAUGUAGGAGAGAGGGCACGAGUCAAAUUGCUUCUCCUUUAAAACUGAAGUACAGACAGGAUGUGGUGGAAUACUUUCAAAGAGGUUUAAGAAAUGGCUAUUGUAAAGAGACUUUCCACCCUUCUGUCCCUGAAAUAUUCAACAAUAUUCAAGAUGUCAAAAAUCAAGGUAUUUCUUGUCUAUCCUAUCAGGGUGCUGGCUUAGUGCAUAACCAUUUCUCAAAUUCAGAUGCAAAAAUGAAUCAGACCUGUUCAAAAAUGAAGCAGUCUAGUGUUCAAGAUAUGCAUACCCCUGCACCCAAGCAGUCCACACAUCCUCCUUUGCCUGCUCUGAAACUGCCCAGUCCUUGCAAAUCCAAAAGUCUGGGGGACUUAACGUCAGAGGACAUCACCUGCAAUUUUGAGAGCAAGUACCAGUGUAUUAGUAAGAGUUUUGUUACAACUGGCAAUCGAGACAAGAAGAGUGUGACUGUGAAGACAAAGUCCUUAGAGCCUAUCGAUGCCCUGACCGCACAGCUUCGAAAGCUCGUGUCCUUUGACCAGGAAGACAGCUGCCAAGUGCUCUAUUCAAAGCAGGACGCCAAUCAGUUCCCCAGGGCGCUGGUCAGAAAGUUGUCAUCCAGAAGUCAGAGCAGAGUGCGCAAUAUUGCCAGUCGUGCCAAGGAGAAACAGGAAGCCAACAAGCAAAGAGUUGUGAACCCCGGCAGCGGGGGAGGAGUGGUUCUUAGGAACAAACCCGCAGCAGCCGGCCCGGCGGUGAACCGGCACUCCACCGGCUCGUACAUCGCGGGCUACCUGGGCAGCGUGCAGCGGGGCCUGGAGGGCCGCGGCCUCCCGGAGGGCGCGUGCACCGCCCUUCGCCUCGGCUACGUCGACCAGUUUUGUUCAGAUAAUUCGGUUUUGCAGACUGAGCCAAGCAGUGAUGAUAAACCAGAAAUUUAUUUUCUUUUGAGACUGUGA